UGGAAAAAUUGAGAUGUGAGAUAGUCUUGGUCGGAGAUAUUAACUUUGAUGCCUCUGCCUCCAAAUCUCCUUUCUUUUGAGUUUUGACAACCUCUCAUCUGCUCAUUUUAAUGGUGUCUGCAACAUCCUCUGGUCCUCUGCUAAAUAAUACCAGCUUCUAUGAUGUUUUUCUGAGCUUUAGAGGCCAAGAUACUCGCAACUCUUUUACCGAUCAUCUCCAUGCGACUUUAGAGCGAACAGGAAUUCGCACCUUUAGAGAUAAUGAUGAAAUCAACAGAGGUCAAGAACUCAAACCGGAAAUCGAGAGAGCAAUCAAAGAAUCCAAGGGUUCAGUGGUUGUACUGUCAGAGAACUAUGCGGAUUCCAGAUGGUGCCUUGAUGAGCUAGUGUUAAUCCUUGAACAAAGGCGGCGCUUCAAUCAUUUUGUUUUACCUGUUUUUUACCAUGUCGAACCCUCAGAUGUCAGAAACCAAAGACAUAAUUUCGCGAUUGAAGUAGACGACGGAGUAGAAGGGUCAAAAUGGACAGAGUAUAAUGUAAAUCGAUGGAAGGCAGCCCUUACAGAGGUUGCUGAUUUGACCGGUGUUGUUGUUUCUGGGCCUGAAACAGAGUCUAUCACCAAAAUUGUUGAUGCAAUCGACUCUGAACUAGAUUUGAAACUAGUUAGUACUCCAGCACAUCUAAUUGGAAUAGAAACUCGAGUUACAGGCAUCGAUUCCUGGUUGAAAAAUGAGCAAUCUGGUGAUAAUUUUCUAGCGAUUUGUGGCAUGGGAGGCAGUGGGAAGACGACACUAGCCCAAUUCAUUUAUAACUCACACAAGCCAAAAUUUGAAAGCAGCAGUUUUCUUGAAGAUAUUGGAAAGCAAUACAAACAGCCUCAUGGUUUGCUUGGGCUACAGAAACAGCUUCUCACAGACGUUUUAGGGGGAAAGAAUCAAAGAAUAUCAGGCGUGUUUGAGGGUACACGUAAGGUUGAGGAGGCCUUACAAGCAAAAAAGGUGCUUAUUGUUCUUGAUGACAUUGAUGAUCAUGACGUGUUAAAUGUUUUACUUGGAAAAAGUACGUUACAUACACAAAGCAAGAUCAUAGUAACAACUAGGCGUCUAGAUAUGCAUGCAUCGUUUUGGCCCAUAUCCAGGAGAUGCCUGUUAUACAGACUCGAAUUGAUGAAUAAUCAUGAAGCAUUAGAGCUUUUAAGUUGCCAUGCCUUCGGAUCCAAAGUUCCUAUGGAAGGUUUCAAGGAGCUCGCUAUACAGUUAGCCCAAUAUUGUGGUGGAAACCCACUGGCUCUUAAAGUACUGGGUUCGUCUCUGUUUGUUAACCCUGAAGACCCAUGUGAAAGAAGUAGCUUAAUAGAGAUUUGGAGAAGUAGAUUGAAUUCACUGAAUUCAUUGAAAGGAGAUCUUGACUUUAAAAUCCACGGUAUACUACAAAAGAGCUUCGACUCCUUGCCGAGUUCUAGUAACAAAGAGUUGUUUCUGCAUAUUGCUAUUUUCUUUGUUGGUGAAUAUGAGGAUUAUGUGGUAAAGAUAUUGGAGCAUGACUGGCAUGCAAAAUCUGGGAUCAGGGCCCUGGUUAACAGAUGCCUUCUUACUGUCUCAUCAAGUAACAAAUUAAUGAUGCAUCAACUGGUUCAAGAGAUGGGAAGAAAAAUAGUCCUUGAAGAGUCUAAAGAUCCUGCAAAACGUAGUAGAGUGUGGCAAUAUUAUGAAUCGUAUCGUAUGUUGGAAAAAGGAGAGGGAUCAGAAACAAUUGAAGGUCUGGCACUUGACAGGGCUACAUUUCCAUACCAAACUCCAACAACCUCUAAAACAGAUUCGUUUGCAAAGAUGGAUAAACUAAAAUUGCUCCGGCUCAAAUAUGUGGAACUCAUGGGGUCCUACGAGAAUUUUCCAGAAUUAAGAUGGUUGUGCUGGCAUGGAUGUUAUUUUACCAAAAUACCCUCCGGCUUAUUGAUGAGGAGCUUGGUGGCUAUAGAUAUGAGUUAUGGAAACUUGAAAACGUUUGAACCUCCCAUGGUUCUUAAUUCGUUGAAGAUUCUGAAUCUCAAAGAGUCUUGCAAACUUGUCAGUAUCCACAAACUUUCACGGCUUCCCAAUCUUGAGACUUUGAUUCUCUGGAACUGUAGCAGUCUGACUCACGUUUGUGAAACCAUUGGAGGCCUUGAGAGUCUUGCUCUAUUGGACUUUACUGGGUGUAAGAAUCUAUGGAAGGUUUCAUCGAACAGGAAUAACAUAAAUCUACUUCAAAGGCUAAAAACUUUAUGUAUUGGUGGAGGAAUUCCAAAACAGUCCUUGUUUUCCUUACCAGACUCGUUAAAGUUUUUAUUUCUCAACAACUGCGACCUUGGGAACAACAAUGAUGUUCCAUUGGUUUUUAGUGGCCAGCCAUUAUUUUACAUGAAUUUAGGCAAUAAUAUGUUUAAAAAACUUCCCAGUAACAUUAAUCUUAAAACGCUCCGGGUACUCGAAUUGACUUUUUGUCCAAAUAUUAAAUCCCUCCUUAGUCUCCCAAGUACGCUAGAAGAGUUGUAUACAUAUUGGUGCUUUUCACUGAAGAAGAUAACAUUCGAAUCACAUCGCUUUAGAUUGAGGAAAUUUAUGUAUCAAGGUUGUAGCAAAGUGUCUGAAGUUCAAGGCCUUUUCAAAUUGGUGUCGAUAGCAGAACUUGAUGAAGCAGAAUUAGGACAUAUGAAAUGGAUUAAAGCAUAUAAAGAUUGUCGAGUGGACCUCGUGGGUGAUGAGAUCAGUAGAGAUAGAAUUUGGCAUACCCCGGUGUUGUUCGAAUAUGGUAUUGUGAGCACAUUUCUGCCACACAUACAGGAUCAAAGCAUUAGAAAGUCCGAUAAUUAUAUGUCAUCAUCUCCGUUCUUAUCCUUUCAUGUGCCUUGUUGUCCUAAGAAUCGAAGAAUCCAAGGAUUAAAUGUAACCUCCUUAUAUAGACCAUCAGGUGAUGAUGAAGAUACAUGGGUUUUGUUCACCAAAAUCAGUAAUACAACCAAGGGCCUUACUUGGAUGUACAACCCUGUGGUCUCUUGCAAACCUAGAUUCGGUGAAGAUGCUGUGUGGUUAAGCUAUUGGCCAAUUGGAAACAUGUUAGACACUGGUGAUGAAGUUAGUGUGUCCGUUAUUGUGGGGAAUGGAUUAAUGGUAAGCGGGUGUAGUGCCAGCCUUGUGUACAUGGAUGGUGAAGUAGAGUUAGAAAAAGGAAAAAAUUACACGAAAGUGGAAGAAGUUAUUGGAGGAGAUUUAUCUGAAUUUGAGUUGACUACAGGAAAGUACUAUCUCUGCCGCCGUGAUUUCUUCAAGUCAACAAUCCCUGAUUGGUUAAAGAUGUUAGUUGGUGACGCCACAGGGUUAAAAGGAUGGAGAAAAUAUCGUCAGACACAGUACUUAGACGUGUCAUUUAUGGAGCUGGAAACUUUUAGACCCUACGAUUUUCCCAAUAUGGAAGUGAUUCGAACAAAAGAUAUGGAAUUUAUGGAUGAGUUUUCUUUUAAAAGGACAGCAUGGGAAGAAAUGUAUGGCGAAUAA